AUGGCGAAGGCUUUCCUUACGGAGACCACUGUAUACGGAACGAAGGACUCGGAUUACAACACUGGUACCUGCUACACGGAUGGCAAGAAUGCCGGCUACGGCUGCGGUGUCUUUGUCGAGGGUGAGGACUGCGAAAUGACUGGUGACGAGAUGGCCGCGGCCUACGAUCAUAUCUUCCAGGAGACGGGCGGCGAUUGCGGUAUCUGCGGUCACACCUUUCUCUCCAAUGGAUGCGCAUUGACCGUCAACUAUGUCAGCGGUUGUAAAACGUCAAAUGGUGCGUUGGAGGUAUUUGUAGGAAAUGCCUCCGAUGUUUCGACAACAACACCAUCCUCUUCGACAUUGCUUAUGUCUUCGUCGCCUGAGUCGUCUGCACCGGUGAAGUUGUACUAG